AACCCUCUCCACUCCACUUCACCCACCUUCUUCAACCCAAACCCUAGCUCUGUGAGUUGCAGAAACCCUAAUUCUCAGAGUUCCAGAUCGCCGUUGAAGAACAAUGGGGCGCGUUCGCACGAAGACGGUGAAGAAAUCCUCACGCCAAGUCAUAGAGCGAUACUACUCACGCAUGACACUCGAUUUCCACACCAACAAGAAGAUCCUCGAAGAGGUGGCUCUCAUCCCAUCCAAGCGUCUCCGCAACAAGAUCGCCGGAUUCUCCACCCACCUCAUGAAGCGCAUCCAGAAGGGCCCUGUUCGUGGAAUCUCGCUCAAGCUUCAGGAGGAGGAGCGUGAGCGCCGCAUGGAUUUCGUUCCUGAUGAAUCUGCUAUCAAGACUGAUCAUAUUGCUGUUGAUAAGGAGACUCUUGAAAUGCUUGCUGCUCUUGGGAUGGCUGAGAUUCCUGGUGUUGUUCAGGUUGAUCCUGUUGCUGUUCAGCAGAUUCCGUUCACCCGCGGCGGCGGCGCUGGUGGCGGCGCUGGCCGUAGGUAUUAAGCUUCUCUUUUUUGUUUUGUCGUUUUGCUCAUGUGUUAGAAGUUAGAACUUCGACUUCUUCAUAUAAGUUUUAUGAUUAAUUUUGUUAUUGGGAUGAGAUAUUCAGUAACUGAAUAGUUUAAGUUUUUGUUGUAGUAAUUCGUAUGCGAUGUUAUCUUGUGUUUCGAUUAA